CAUUUAGAAUGUGCAAAAUCUGUAAAAUUGUCUUUAUAAACUCGCAGCCACAUGUAAUAUGAUGAGAUUAAAUCAACCACCAGUUGGAGGACAGACUUUAGAUACGAUAAAACAAUUCCUUUGUGGAAAAACCCAGCUGUGUGGGACCAGAGACAGAGAAAACUGUCAGUAUGUGGGAGGCUGCGAGUUCCUGUUUUGACUGAAGCCGUCUUUGAAACUACAGUCUGAUCCCGUGCUUGAAAUCUGUGCUAACAAGGUGAACGCUGGACCGUCUGACAGUGACAGAUGAGAUUAUUGAGCGCCAGUGACCCUUGUUCCACAUUUUCUUUUUCCCCUUUUUUCUUUCACACGUCCAAGGAGGGAAAAAUUCCUGGCUCACGGAUGAAGCAGGGCUGCUUUUCAUUAUGGAGUGACUCACUCUGCUCGCUCAGUCCAAUUGGAAACAGGUUACUGGGAACAUUAUUGGGGCUUUAACAGAAAUGUAGUUGAAACAGCUGAUGGCUGAAGAAAAUAUAUCCCUUUGUUUAUUUUAACCAAAAAUCCUUUAUUUAGGAUAAUAAUAACAGGGGAGGUUAUGAGUCUGUGGUCAGGACAUGCUUUUAUUCUGAAAAGCUCAGCCUUUCUCUGAGGUCAUCUGACUUUUUCAGGACAAAAACUCAAGCUGUAGCCUUUAACUUCAUACAUUUUCAGGUGAACAAGAUCAUUUGGUUCCCUAUGGAUUAUCUGAGGAGUAAUAUCUGAACGUAACCGGGAUUACAAAUUCAGCCGCACACACAAAAGCACACGCAGAGGCAGACACUCACUCAGACUUAGGCACACAUGCACAUUAAGACACACAAAAGUUAUAUUUUAUUAUAUUAUAUUAUAUUAUAUUAUAUUAUAACCAAAAAACUGUUGUUUAAAACAAAUUCAGUAAGUUUGUUAAUUACUAUUUUUUUAAGAUAAACAUGUUAUUUUGAUUAUUUCUUUUUAGAGAGUUUAAAGUUUGUAAUUUGAAAAGACUAAUUUUUAACACUUUUUUUUUUCUUUUUUUAUGAAUCUGACUGGGACGAAACUAACCAAACCAUGGUAAGCAUGGACACUGUUUUCUUCAUUCUUUUGUCUGUAACAAUUCAGCUUUUAUAUUAAAAUGGUUUACCACUUUGAUAUUAUGGUUUUCGGGAUUUUUUUUUUCUUUUUUCAUCUUCAGUGUUGACGAUGAGGACGUGCCAUUAAAGAAACCAGCAGAAACGACUCCACCUUUUAAACAUUUGGUAAGAAUGGAGGCUUUUACUUUGAAAUUCCUCCUGACUAAGUAUUAAUUAAACAAUAAGGUUCCAUGUUUCCUUUAUAAGUGUUGUGUUUCAAGCAAAAAUGAACCAGAAGACUCAUGGACUUCCCUAAGGCCUCAUCAAUGUGACCCUGGAUCACAGUCUGCAGAACCUCCAUUAAAUUUCUUCUUCAUGAUUGUAAAACAUUUAAAAGAAGCAGGGAUGACUUUUUAUUUUCCAACUGUUUCCACAGGUCUGAGCCUCGGACAGAACAGAGCAGCUGGAGUCUGUUUGUGUUUAGUCCAGAGGAGCAGCGUUCUUCAGGACGACGAGCAUCUCUGAUUGUUCCAGUUCCUCUUCACACCAUCAUCCUCCAUCAUCAUCCUCUACUGUCCUUCGCACAGUUUAUCUCGGAUUUGGGCCUGGAUGCUCAACAUGCCUCACAACCCUCCCAAGGAAGGGGCCAAGGUGCUCAGAGAGGGCUCCCCUGAGCCCCCCAGGGCCCUCACGGCGGUGUGCGAGCACGACAGAGCGUGUGGACGAGGCUUCUCCUGCGAUCGACACUUCGGCCUUUGUGUGCCGCUGCGUGGGGAGGGUCACUACUGUCGCCGGGACGCGCAGUGUGUCCGUGGACUCAGCUGCAUGUUUGGGAAGUGUCAUCGCAGCGUACCCAAUGGACGAGAGGGGGCCAGGUGUAAGGUUGACAGGGACUGCGGAGCGUCAAUGUGCUGCGCCCGGCAUCACGGCGAGCAGGUGUGCAAGAGACGGCUGCUUCAUGGGGAGAGCUGUUAUGUUCCUGAUGGCGGCCUGGCGUUCAGCAUCAACCAGAUCUGUCCGUGCGAUGAGGGCCUGCUGUGCCGCAAGAACUCUAGACCAAGAGAGAGAGAUUUCAUUCCAGCACGAGCAAGUUGGACCUGCCAAGUUCCUAAAGUUUAAUGUGACUCCUGUAUAUUUAUUUUUGUAAAUAUAUGCACAUAAAGAGAUGUAUGCAUUUCCAAUGUCACUGUCAUAUCAUGCAGUUAAUAGUUUACAUCAAAUUUGCCUUUAUUAAUUAUUAGUUUGUAUGUUUCACAAGAGCACUAUGUUUGUGGUUGAGCUCAACAGAGCGUUUGUCAUUUCAAGUGUUUUUUUAAUGCAUGUGUGUUUAUUACUCCUUAGUACACAUAAUAAAGCUUUAAAUUAAAAUAAA